AUGCCGGAUAUCGAUGAACAAGCGCAAGAGCUCGAGGUGAUCGAAAGCAUUUUCCAGGACCUGAUCAGCAUUGUCGACGGGAAAAAUCUUCGACUUUCCCUGGAUGGUUUUACGGCCAGUAUAUCGCUUCCACCAGCGUAUCCCUCGAGUUCUCCCCCGGAAUUCACCAUCUCAGCCCCGACAUGGUCCCAGGAUCAGAAGCGCGAGCUGCAAAACGAGCUGAACGAGGCCUACGUCGAAAAUAUCGGGAUGCCAAUACUAUUCUCUUGGAUUAGUAUUAUGAAAGAUUUUACCGAUAAAGUGAACGGUUUGACGGAAACACAGACGACGCAGGACUCGAUAGAAGAUAUUGAGGAUGAGGAGCCCUCGAGCAGCCAGGAAAUUGAGCCCUCGUAUUCGACCCUACCCACCAUUUUCACCGGCGAGACGUUCCACGACCGGAAGAGCAUCUUUCAAGCGCACAUGGCUCGUGUCAAUUCGAAAGCUGAGGUCGAAGCGGUGAUGCAGAAACUUCUCCAAAACAACAAAAUCGCGAAGGCGACGCACAACAUCUUGGCGUGGCGCUGCAACGAGAUGCGACACGGGAAAUUGGUCAGUUUGAAAGACUGUGAAGAUGACGGGGAAACGCAUGCCUCCGCCAAAAUGCUUGACAUCAUCGAGAAGAUGGGCGCCGAGAAUGUGAUGGUGGUCGUGACGAGAUGGUACGGCGGUGUCCACCUCGGCCCCGAUCGCUUCCGCAUCAUUAACAACCUAACCCGCGCUAUUCUGGCGGCCAAUGGCAUGGAAAACCGUCGU